GAUUUUUGCUACAGUGGGCAUGGUCAAUGACGCAAUUGUCUUUUGGGUUAGCUACGAAAGUCGCCAUUUUCUUGUUAGCGGUGAAGUUGAUUGCUGGUAUCGAGAAGCCACGUCUCUGAGGGAUCAUGGGGCAGUUUAUCAGUCUUUUCAAAGGUUUGUUCGGGAAGAAGGAGAUGCGGAUCCUCAUGGUGGGGUUGGAUGCGGCGGGGAAGACCACCAUCCUGUACAAACUCAAACUGGGAGAGAUUGUCACCACCAUCCCGACUAUCGGUUUUAACGUGGAGACGGUGGAGUACAAGAACAUCAGCUUCACCGUGUGGGACGUGGGCGGUCAGGACAAAAUCCGCCCCCUGUGGCGUCAUUACUACCAGAACACGCAAGGGCUGAUCUUCGUGGUGGACAGCAACGACCGGGAGCGCAUGACCGAGGCCAAGGAGGAGCUCUGCCGGAUGCUGGGCGAGGACGAGCUGCGCGACGCCGUCGUGCUCGUGUUCGCCAACAAGCAGGAUCUUCCCAACGCCAUGAACGCGGCGGAGAUCACGGACAAGCUGCAGCUCCACAACCUGCGGAACCGCAACUGGUACAUCCAGUCCACCUGCGCCACCAGCGGCGACGGCCUGUACGAGGGGCUCGACUGGCUCUCCAACCAGCUGAAGAACUCCAAAUCCUGAGAUCCAUUCCGCCCGUCUGUCCGUGUGUCUGUCCGUCUACUGUGUGUGUGUGUGUGUGUGUGGGUGUGUGUGUAUGUCUGUCUGUGUGUGUGUGUGUGUGUGUGUGUGUGUGUGUGUGUGUGUGUGUGACGGGGACAGCGCCAGAGCCAGAGCCCCCCCCCCCCCCCAACCCAAAAAUGUCCACCUCUUACCUCCCUUUAUCAUGUCGAGAGUGUGACUGCGGCAGAGAGACAGAGAGCUGGAGCAAUCCUGGCGUGCCUUACGCCCCCAUAUCCGCCCCCACAACACGUCAGUUUUACAGCCCCCAAACUCUCCGCUGUGUGGUUUUCACAAGGCAAAGAAAGGCCCAGGAUGCAAAGUGUUCUCCGAUUUACAAACCUGAUACUACGGCAAAGUUCAAACGGUCCAAAGGCACAAUGUUUGUUUAAAUUCUCCCUCAUUUAAAAAAAAUAAAUAAGAAAAGAAAUAAAAAAUGAAGAAAAAAAAUCUUUGUAACCUGUAUCAGGUUGGAAGAGAAGUCAAUAAAAAGCAUUUUCCAUCCUUGAUCCUUCUUUGCGUGUUUUGAAAAUAAUGUGGAUUUGUCAUCGUUUGUUGUAAAAUAAGAUUGCCGCUGUGACUUUUCAGUGAACACUACAGUUUUCCUUUCUCCUGAAAACCAUGAAGCACAAGCAAAAUAUUUUUAUUUUUUGUCCCCAUCCUUUUAGUUUUCAUACUUUUGUCAUUUUCAAGCUCCUAUCAAAUAAAAUGCUGGGAAAGAUGGCCGCCCUUCAGGCCUGUGCAGGGUGUGUUCAGGAGCGCAGUGCUGCUGUCUCCUCGGUUCUCUUACUGAAGCUGCUGGCCUCUCCAGGCUUUGCGUGGUUUAAUAUUUAAUAGUUAGCGAUAUUGACAGGACCUCGUUGUGUCGGCGCUGGUCUUUUUCGCUUUUCGUACGCGUUGCACGCUCGGAGGACCAAUCAGAUCUGAUCCGGCUGAACGAUGUAGUGGCAUCUCGUUGGCAGCAGGGGCUGCCGAUGCGUCCCUCUCUGAAGGAACGGGUUGUUACAGUAGUGAAUGUCGUGCGUUAUGAGGUGAGACGAGAUUUCAGACGAACGAUUGAGAACGGGUAUCAUCUGGGCUGGUGCAAAGCUGGCUGCUGAGUCUGAGGCUGUCCCACGGGGGCAUUGGGAUUGGCCGCUGUGGCUGUGGUGACAGGUGGUGGGGUUUUGUGGCUUGUCGGGAUGUGGGGCUUAUGGGGGUGCUGGGUGUGGGAGAAUACGAUGGCUUGCGCUGUGGAAGAACCCAUUCGAUAAGGGUCCCGGGGCAGUGAGGUGGUUACUCAGGGCUACUCCCACUUCUGCAUGCUACCUUUUUUUUUUUCUUUUUUUUUUUCUUUUUUUUUGUUAUUUUGAGCUCUAACUGUUUUUGAAUGUCAUGUACAGAAUGUGUAUUUAAGAGGUCUGGUGAUGCAGUUGUACAGGAGCCGGGACCCACGCAGCUAAACUGCUGGCGAUCGCUUUUUAGGGGCUAGAUAUCCACUCCGGAGGGGCUUGGUGCUUUUACCGCCUGUUUAUUUAAUUUAAGGUCUUACAAGAGUUUUGCUGUGUUCUAAGGGAUGGCAAUCAUUUCUUCAGCGUAGAGUGUUGUUCUCCAAGUCUACACUGAUCUCCAGCUUUUAGUGGCACCGUUUUUUUUAACCGUGUUUGAUCGUAAAUGGUUCUGAAUUUGAACCCCGACUGUGGGCGCUCGAGAGAGAGGAUUGCAGUGCAAUCUGUUCCUGUGGGCUGUUGCUACCCUCACUCUCGUUUGGUCGGGGGGUGGGUCCAGGGUUGCCAUCCAUGACAUGCCCCCCACCCCUCACGAGAAUGUCAAAUCAAAGUGAUGACGACAAUUUGCAGUCGUCAGCACAAAAAUUGAAAAAUUGCUGUGGAACUAUAACCUGUAAAGGCCACCACAAAGAUGAGAUUUUAUUUAUUUCCUCUCUUGCAAUGUGAAACUGUCAUAAGUGUCUGACUAAGUUCCCCUCCUGUGGUGUCCUCACUAGUGUCAUCAGCGGAUUGGUGGCCUGGAUUGGUUACUGUAACUGUCCCUGGUAUUGAUUGGUUCCUGCAACUUUCCAUGGUAAUGAUUGGUUACUGUAACUGUCCUUGGUAAUGAUUGGUUACUGUAACUGUCUCUGGUAAUAAUUGGUGGCCUUUGCUUUCCUGUGCAACUGGAAAAAAACCUGCAGUUUUGUUGAAAAAAACGCCAACAAACCAUGUCCAAACCGGGCUGUCCUAAAAACACCAAACUCAGUGAGUGUGCAAGCAGACAUGUUCUGUGUUGUCUUGGCCUUUGAAGUGUACCAUGGAAAUAGACCUAGAGAAAAAAAAAAAUCCAAUUAAAGUUUUUAUUUUAGCUACCUAUGUUCAGAUGUGAAGCUUUAAGUUUGAGAAAUGAUUUCUGUUAAAAAAAAAAGGAAAAAAAAAAAGUCAAGCGGGUGUGCAUAUGUAUUUUUUUCUUAAGAAAAGAUUUAUUUCCCUUUUGGUUUUAGCCUUUUUAACUAACAUUUGAGAAAUGCACUAUAAUAAAGAGAUCUCUAUUACCAA